AUGGCUGUCUUCAAUUCCUCUGCUCUUCUGACCAUGCUCUUUACCCUGUUGCUUAACAUCAUCAUCAACGUCCAGUCAGAAUCAUUUUCUUUCACUUUCCCCAGAUUCGACCAAAGUACUCGGAAUAUAGCUUUCGCUGGUGAUGCCACCAUUUCUGGCGGUGCAAUACAGCUGACGAAAAUGGACAACCUGAGCAACCCACUUCAACACAGUGUAGGCCUCGCAGCAUUCUUCAGCGAAGUUCGCCUCUACGACAGAAACAAUAGUGGCAGAUUCCAUUUCUCCACCGACUUCACCUUCGUCGUCCGACGACAAGUCUCCUCCGUGCUUCACGGCGAUGGCAUGACCUUCUUCCUCGGUUCAACCGACUUCGAAUUUCCGCGCAGAAACUCCACUGGUGGAUUCCUCGGCCUCUUCACCCCUCAAACUGCCUUCUCUCCGCCCGGUACGAACAAGAUCGUGGCCGUCGAGUUCGAUAGCUACGCCAACGAGUGGGACCCCCAUCCGGUGUCGCAGUCGCCACAUAUCGGAAUCAACCUGGGCUCUAUAAGGUCCAAGGAUACUGUGAGUUGGCCAAGUGAUGAGGAACCUAUUGGGCAGAUUGCGAGGGCAAUGAUCAGCUAUGAUUCAGAGAGUUUAGAAUUGAGGGCUUCGGUGAGCUAUCCGGCGGGGAAUACUGCUGCAACUAUUUUGACGUCUGAAAUUGAUUUGACGGAAGUUCUGCCGGAGAAGGUUGUCGUUGGUUUCUCCGCCGCCACCGGGGACUUGGUGGAAACACACCAAGUUCUUUCUUGGGAUUACAGUUCAACAACCUAA